AUGGCGCCAAAACGCAUGCCAAAGGUGACGAGUCUGCCGUCGUCGUCGUCAAACGGCGGGACCGCCUCGUCAAGCCGGGGUCGCAAUGCUAACCCAUUCGGACCGGUCGACCCGAACAGCUACAAUGACUACGACGAAGCCAUGCAAGAUGGUGUCGAGCUCGAGGAGAAGGGCGAGCGCUUCCAGUUCGGUCCGAAAGCACAGCGCUUCUACAUUCAGGCGGGUACGCUAUAUGCUCGGGCAGUCUCGCUCGCUGGCAAUUUCGUCGAGAGGAGAGCCGAUGCGCUCUACAACGCCUCGAGGAUACACUUUUUGCUUGCUACGCAGUUCGCUUUGCCGCCAGAGAACCUGAAGUCGUUGGUCGAAGCCAUCACGUCGUCGCAAGAAGCCACGGGGCUAGCGCCACCACUUCCCGUCGACGGCUCGUUGCCGAAUCCGUUCAAGCUAGACACGAUGACGCAGCUCGCAACAUCGACGCAGACUCUCGCCGAGGCGGUUCAGGAGCUGGGCUGGCCACAGGGACUGGAAUCCUCACGUUCGAUCGCACAGGGACCGCAGGGCUCAAUAUCAUCGACAUUGCUGUGGCAGCAGGCGAUGACGAUCUUCCAACAGGUAGCAGACGGGCAGCACGUCAUUCUUCAAGAUCAAAAGACCACAGAGAACGCCGCCGAGCCGCCGGUCGAGUCGUCAACAGAGGCAGCGGGCACGGACGCGGACGAAGACGACAUGCAGAGCGUCAACGGCGGAGACGAUGUAUACGGCUACACUUCAUCGCUGGUCACACCUGCAUCGCUGAUGGAGACGCUCCUGUCAUUGCUGGCGUGUUUGACGUCGAUGAUCGAAGCCGCUUCUGCGGCGGGCGAUGUAUUGACUUUCAACACCGCCGUGGACCAGGUAGUCGCAAGAGCGCAGGCGGUGGUCACUGAUGCCGGCUCAACAGCCUCUCUUCCAUCAACGAGCAACGACGCUGCGCAAGCAUCGUCGGAGGUCGCAGCGAGAUGGCAAGAAGUCGAGCGGUCUGCUUUCUUAGCACGCGUGGCCAGCCUCAGCAAGGCAUUCGAACUGGGCUCGACACCUUCGCAGAUAAGCAGCGAAGUGGAAUCUACAAUGCAGCUGGCCAACGAUUGGUCCUCCCGGCUGAUCGCGUCGCCCUCCGCCACCAAGCCGAGCAGCGGUCGAAAGGACGCAGAAGUGGCUACGCUCUGCGACGUUGGCGAGGCUUGCCAGAAUCUGUGUCGCCUCUCGCUCCGCCUCGAACCAGCCGAGGCAGGCGUCGCCGCUAUCUGGGCGCUCGCCACUUCGAGCAGUAAACUCUUCUCACAAGCCCUCGCCGCUCUCGACACCUCUGCUGCAGGCGGUGGCUCCGUAGCCGUACUCGGCCAGGCCAACACCUCGACGCCCACAUCUCGCGCCCGAUGUCGGAUUCUGCUAGCACUCUCCAGCCUGUCGAUCUUCCGCUCGCACCCAGGUUUCGAGGCUGCAGGUAUUGCGGGGGCGAAAGGUACUCGAGGCAAGCUCGUCGACAAUGCGAGGCUGUACGCUCGCAAGGCCGUGACAGAGAUUGGACUUGGGUGGAUUCUUCGACCUGCUCCGGCGAGCGCAUCGAGAUCAGCGGCGCUCCCUCCACCCGGUGGCUGGGAGAGCCUGUCGCUCGAGGCAGAGGCUGUAUUCCAUCUGCUCCGCGCAUUGCUGGUCCGGGCAAAUGUCUGUGCCGCGACUGCGGACGCCAAAGCGAGCGCUGAGAUGGCGACCGAACUGCACAGCCUGGUUCAGCACAUCAAGCAGCUACGACAAAGACCAAUUCAAAUCGGAGCGACGGCCGGCACCACGUCGGCGCAGCUCGCAGAUUGGCUAUUCGCACAGGGAGCCAAAUCGUUCGUUGAUGGCGUCGUCGAUGACAACGGGCGCAACAUCGUUCAGGAGGAGAUUGCGUGGUGGGAGAAGCUGUUCUCAGAUCAGCUUGCCUCGUGA